AUGAACCGAUCUCAGAGCAUGCCGAAGCUGCGGCCAAGCCGUGCAGACUUGGCCGACAGACCCGGAAGCAGCUUGAAGUCACAAGCCCUGUCAAGAACGGAGUCAUUGUCGAGGAUGCCGGCACCUGUCCGACUAGAGUUCCAACGUCACUCAGCUCCGGCUACGGGACCCAUGGGACGAAGCAACGUGAAGGCGGUCGGCAAGUGGUUCAAGUUUCAGAGUUACAUCGACGGGCUUGAGAACCGAAGUGUUACAAUGCCACAGCUGGUGCAGAUCAGCAGCUUUGCCGUGCGACAGUGCUACAGCUGGGGCAUGCAGCCUUCUGCGCUGAACUUCCACAGCAUUCAUGAGUGGAUCGUGAAGCCAGCAACGAGGGAGUACAACAGUUCGAUGAUGGAGCACCUCUCGGACAGGAAGUUAGUUCCCAACUGGUUUGUCAGCCACUUCUGGGGAGAUCGGAUGCAGAAGUUCUUGGAAUGCUUGAGGCAGCAUCUUGCCGUGCGUGGACUGAGCGCAAGAACUGGAUACUGGCUGUUUGCCUUUGCGAACCGACACCAUGAUCUGACGCCCAGCAGUAUGUCCAGCCUGUCAGAUUCGCAUGCAGCUAUUCGAGCAAGCAAUUUCCGGAUGCUGAUGGUCUUGGGAGAUUCGCCAGAUGUGCAUCUCUCCUUCUCGCGUGCCUGGUGUGCUUACGAAUGGGCGCUCUGCUUGGACAGCGCGACACUCUCGGUUGAUGUCGCAACUCUGGGUCAGGACGUAGAGAUCAUCACAAGUGGACUGACCACGUCCGAAGUUUGCUCCAAUAAGUACUAUCCAGGCAGCGGGGUCACCGCCAAGAACCAUCGAGAAGCAGGCUUUCCAUUGCACGUGGUGAAGGAAGCCUUGGCCUUCAACCUCAACAAGGCUGAGGCGAGCGACGAGGUCGAUCGACAGCGCCUGACGCAUGCCUUCAUUGGGCUUGCACAGCCCCUGGAGGAGGACACGGACGGCAUACAGAAGAUGACGAGGCGCUUGCGAAGCUUCCUGCUUCUUCUGCUCUGGCCGAACGUCCUCUUCCAGGCUUCCCAGGACAAGGAUUACAUGCGUGUGCUCGGCGAUGUGGCCAAAGCCAUACAAGGGGAUUGGUGGCGCAAGUCCUUACGGUUGAGCCUAGCCGGCUGCGACUUCUCCAAUAAGGAGGUGUUGGCUAUGGGCCUGCAGAGCCUGCCAAAGAGCCUGGAGACCUUGAAGUUGGACUUGCAGUUUACGGGACUGGACGACAUGAGCCUCACACCGGUGGCACAAGACUUGCCAGAGCGUCUUCAGAACCUUACCCUGGACCUUUCGGGCUGCCACAUAACCGACAGAGGCGUCCUGGCUUUCCUAAAGAAGCUGUCUCCGGAUCUCGCUGAAGUCACGAUCAAGAUGCAGCACACCAGUGUCUCAAAAGGUCUGCUGGCACUUAGUAGAGAUGGGCCAAGUGCCUUGCAAAAAUGGGCUUUGCUCUCCCACCAAGAGCGAGCAGAGGUUUUAGCUGCCAAGCUCGAAAUCAUCGAGCGGAAGAAGAACCCGUCUGUGGCCCCGACUCCGGCGCACGUGAACAAAAAAGCUGCGCUGGAGAGCAUGCUGAACUUGGCACCCUCCAAGAUAACGCCGAACGUCCUCGAGCAGGUGAAAGCAGACCUUGCUGCCCUGGAAAAGAGUAUUGAAAAGGCUGCCUGA